AUGGAGCGUCUGCAGAUGCAGAUUGAGCGCCAGAAGACGCAAUUCAAGCUCGAAGGCAGGGUAUGGGGUGACGCCGUGGGACCGUCUGACCGUCUGCGUGCACUACGUGAAGAGAUGGACGACGGCAGUGCCCCUCAGGGCGCCGGCACACCGCCUAGGGACUUUACCAACAGCAUGCUGGGCAGCGUCCAACGCCACACCAAGAUCAGCCGCAAGCCGGUCGGUCCUCGCACUGGCGGCGGUGAAGACGAUCUGGCCGAGGAUGGCGAGGACGACGAUGUCGUCUAUGAGGUGCCCCGUAUGGUCGAGAUCAGAAGGCCCGUCGUGGAUGCCAGACAGCAAGCCGCCCUUCACGGCGAAAUGGCCAACAAAUUCAAAAAAUACGACGCCAGCGACUCGGAGGAUGGCGAAGGUACCACGAUGGAGUCCGCUCCGCUCGUCACACCAGCAGGUACCGAUACGCCCAAGAUCGAAGUCACCAGCGCCGCUCCGCCCCCGCCACCUCCGCCACCUCCACCUCCACCCCCGAUGCCCGGCCAAGGCGGUGCACCCCCUCCGCCUCCGCCUCCGCCUCCACCACCACCACCUCCUCCUCCUCCGCCCCCGAUGCCCGGCAUGCUCUCUCCUGGCGGUGGGCCACCACCGCCGCCGCCGCCUCCCCCUCCUCCGCCAAUGCCGGGUGCGCCUGGUAUGCCUCCUCCGCCGCCGCCCCCAAUGCCUGGCGCGAUAUCUGGACACUUCCUGUCGCAGAACACGGCAAGCUUUUCCACAGGACCCUCGAUCGGGCUGCCCGUGGUUCGGCCCAAGAAGAAGCUCAAGGCCCUCCACUGGGACAAGGUCGACUCGCCAAUGGCGACGCACUGGGCCGCUCAUACCCCGUCUGCGGAGGAGCGUGAGGAGAAGUAUCUCGAGCUCAGUCGCAAGGGCAUUUUGGACGAGGUCGAGAAGCUCUUCAUGGCCAAGGAAACGAAAAGACUCGGCCAAGGUGGUGCGAAGAAGGAUGACAAGAAGCAGAUCAUCUCUGCUGAUCUGCGCAAAGCGUUUGAAAUCGCACUCGCCAAGUUGUCGCAGAUCUCUGUCGAAAAGAUUGUGCAGAUGAUUAUACACCGAAUGCGCGCGCUGGCCUUGACGAAGAGCUACGAGACGGACUACGACGAGAUCACGGACAAGAUUCGCAAGGUCAUGGCCGUCUCCGAAUCGCUGCGAGACUCGGUGUCUCUUAUGAACGUUCUCGGUCUCAUUCUCGAUAUUGGCAACUACAUGAACGAUGCCAACAAGCAAUCUCGCGGUUUCAAGCUCAGCUCCCUGGCGCGUCUGGGUAUGGUCAAGGACGACAAGAACGAGUCGACGCUCGCUGAUCUGGUCGAGCGCAUCGUGCGUAACCAGUACCCCGAGUGGGAGAACUUUGCCACCGACAUUGGUGAUAUUGUGGCGGUGCAGAAGAUCAACAUUGAGCAGCUGCAGUCCGACGCCAAACGAUACAUGGACAAUGUCCGCAACGUCCAGAUGUCGCUCGACUCGGGCAACCUCAGCGACUCGAAGAAGUUCCAUCCCCAGGAUCGCGUGGGCCAGGUGGUCCAGAGGCACAUGAAGGAUGCGCGCAGAAAGGCCGAAGAGAUGGAGCUCUACCUGGAGGAGAUGUCCAAGUCGUACAACGACAUUAUGACCUUUUACGGCGAGGACCCCACGGACGACAACGCGCGGCGAGACUUCUUCUCGAAGCUGGCGUCGUUCCUCACGGACUGGAAGAGGUCGCGCGAGAAGAACAUGCAGUACGAGGAGACACGAAGGCGUAACGAAGCCUCGAUGAAACGCAAGCAUGCGCAGCUCAAGGUGACGGGUGGCGCGGUCGAGGGCGCGCCUCCGUCCCCGUCAAGCACGGGCGCGAUGGACUCGCUGCUCGAGAAGCUGCGCGCAGCGCACCCCAGACGCGCGACCAGAGAGAUCGACGGCGCAAGGCGCAUACCCGAAGUGGAGGCGGCGCUCCAGACAAAGGAGGCCGUCAUCGACGAAGAAGGAAGCGUUGUCAGCCCAGGGCUGUCUUCGCCCCGGGAGGGCGGAGAGGACGAUGUGGCGGCGCGCGCGGCGCUGCUCUUGCAGGGCAUGCGCGGUGGCGAUGGAGCGGACGACGACGACCCUGAGAAGAGGGAGAGCAUCCGCCGAUCGAGGCGGCAGACGGCAGAGGAAGAGAGGAAGAUGAGGAGGAGGAGACGGGAAAAGGCCAGCACGAGACCCCGGCCGAGACGUGAGCAACGGCGGCGGCAGCAGCAGCAGCAGUACCAGCAGCACAACGACGACGAAUGCGACGGACACGCGCUCAUCUACGCAACCAUCAUACCUUAUCUAAUGUUUAUUCGCGCCCGUGUGCGGGUGAACCGAGCAUUCGAAGCCAGGCCGCAAGUGUACGGGGGGGAACGGGGAUCGCGAAAGAGGGAUACGGCGGAAAGACGGGUGGGGGAGAUCGAGGCGCUGCUCCCCCCACCAAUGUCGGUUCUGGACACCAUUCAACAACCACCCUCCAGCCUCUAG